AUGGAGUAUAUAUUGGCAGAGGGCGCAGAGUCAGGCUUAACUAGACCCUCAUUUAAUUGGCGAUCUGAAAACGGUCAAGACACAUUCGACGAUUCCAGUAAUCCUUUUGAAUUCUCUGUUGAGACACCUGUCAUUGAAAAUCCAGAAGAAUGUUUAGACGAGAUUACAAACGAUGCUUUUGGAGCAUCGAUUCUAAAGGAGGAAACUCCACGUGGAGAAAUGGUGUACAAAAUUAUAGUUUGGUCUGGAAGUGGUGUAGAACGACAGAUGUUCCAAUGCAAACCAAAACAAACACUUACCUCUACAGAGAUUGUAAAGAGAGCCGCACCUAAAUUGCAGUUUAAGAAACUCAAGGAAGUAGAGUCCACCGAUAUCCUACAGGAUUUCAAAGAGUUGGAAUCGACUCAAACCGAAUUGGCAUAUAAAUUUGGAAUAUGGUUGGCAAAAGAAGGUCAAAGUAGUGAAGAUCAAUUUUAUAACAAUAAUGAAGGAAGUGAUAGAUAUAAAGAAUUUCUAAAGAUAAUGGGAGAUACUGUGGAGUUGAAAUCUUUCAAGGGAUACAGAGGUGGUUUGGAUGUAACAAACAAUACAACUGGCUCUCAUUCACUGUUCACACGGUGGAUGGACUAUCAGAUUAUGUUUCAUGUCUCUACGAUGCUGCCUCAUACACCUGGCGACAGUCAACAGAUCGAACGUAAGCGACACAUUGGCAACGAUAUCGUAAUAUUGAUAUUCUAUGAUAUCGAUCCAUCGGUACCAAUGAGUACAGAAUUCAUUAAAUGGGAUCCAUCACAUGUUAAUUCAAAUUUUAACCAUAUAUUUGCAGUAGUUAAACCAGAGAAUGACGAUAGUUAUAGAUUAGAAUUUAUAGUAAAGAAUUCAAUAGCAAACUUUGGUCCUAAAUUACCUUUUCCAUCUGUAUUCCUGAAAGGUGAAUCAUUUAAACAAUUUCUUUUAGCUAAAUUGGUAAAUGGACAAAGAGCAGCAUUACAAUCAGCUCCAUCAUUUUCCUCGAAGCUACAAAGAACAUUUAGAGCACAAUUAAAUUCAAUCUAUCAAAAGUAUACUUCAAAUAUACCUACCGCAUCAUCUUUAAUAUCAAAGAGAAGAUCAUUAUCAUUAACAUAUAUAUCAAAAGGAAUGGAAUUGAAAGCAAAAGAAUUUGUAAAUAAUAGUAAUUUAAGAGUAAAGGAUUUUAGUAGAAAUUUAUUUGAAACAGAGAUAUUAUUUUCUAAAUCAUUUGAUAAUAUCAUUUGUUUGGAUGUCAUAGAAUCAGAGGAAAACAAUUGUAUUUUAAUAUUCGCAACACUAGAUUCAAUCUAUUUAUUUAAGAAUGGUGGUUCGUCAGAGUCUUCGUUUCAAAAGGUGGCAACACUCAAAGGUGUCACGAGACUGGUGGUCGUCAAGUCGGCCAGUUGUAUUCUAGCACUCAAUAGCAAAGGUCUGCAUGUCUUUGAUCUGGAGCAUCUGAAGAAGUACUUUGCACAGAAAACAAUGACCAAGAUCUCACCGGAUGCCGCAUCAAAGCUGGAGGAACCAAAGCCGAAGCGAAUCGAUGGAACCAAAGGUUGUACUGUAUUCGCAGUGUCAAAGAAUAACAAUAGCAGCAGCAGAUCUUCUUCUUCUUACGGUGGUUCAUCGUCAAACUCUUCGUCGUCUUCAUCUUCAUCGUCUUCUUCUGGUUCGCUAGAUGAGCUGUGUGAGAGCGGUGGUCUCACCAUCAACAUAACACUGCUCUACAUUGCACACAAGAAGAACUUUAUCAUGUAUGAAUGGCACAACGGCGAGUUUAUCAAGUCAAAAGAUAUCCAGGUGUAUGAUAACGUCAAGUCGAUAUGCCAUGUCGGUCCGGGAAUGGUGUGUAUAGGUGUUGCCAAGGAGUUCCUGUUGAUCGACAUGUACACAGGCACGAUAAAGGAGCUCUACAAGCAAGCGGACAGCGAGCCUGUCAAGGCGUUGUCACUCGACACUGAGAUUCUGCUGUGUUUCAACAACAUCGGGUUCUUUGUCGACGAGAAAGGCACAAGAACACGAAACUUUGAUAUCAAAUGGGGCAGUAUACCGUCGUCGAUCGUACUACUCCCACAUUAUGUACUUGGCAUUUCGGGACAGCUGAUAGAGGUGCGCACUCUACUCAAUGGCAAUAUCAUACAGUCGCUGCCGACUCUGCAGUCAUCAACCAACAGUCAUAACAAUAUUAACAACUGUGCCGAGACGACAUCGUCGGUGGUCAACGAAGGAAAUGUAGCAAGUAAAGUUGGCUUUACAACCUUCAACGACAUGGCGCACAUUGACAAUGGAAACAUCUACGUUGCAUCGUCCUACAAAGGAACCAGCUGUAUCAUACGUAUCAAACAAUCCACUCAGCUACAUCAAUAUCAAACAUUGCCACUAGCAAUAGUACAACAACAUCAUCAUAAUCUCCACCAUUCCAACUCAUUCAAAGACAGUUAUUAUUAA